AUGUUCACAGGAACAACGCCAGAAUCGCUCAUCCCUCGCUCGGAUUCUCGAAAUCCGGCUACAACGUGCAAAGGCAUCACUAAAUCCGGGCGACCUUGUAGACGUCCCAUCGAUGCAAAAGUAUCUGAAGAUGACGGUGUUAUCGCCGUAGUAUCUGUCGUCAGCGAUGAUAGCGGCGACGACGAAAUUGGCGCUGCUGCCUACUUUUGCUGGCAACAUAAAGACCAAGCCGAGCACUUGGCCGCACAAGCAACAAGUGGGCCGGCAACCCAACUUUACCCACUAAAAGAGAGAAACAGUAUCGACACGCUCGUGGAACGACUGGGUGUCCUUGAUUUUGGAGAACCGGACGAAGCUGCUACACGCCAGAAAAAGAACAAUAGACAAGGAAGGCGGACAUCUGGAUCCCAUCCGCCGCGGCACAUUAACCGGCCAGCUACUUGGGACAAUGUGGAGGGACCAUUGAUGUCUGUGCCGAGUGAUGUGAUGGCAGAGAGGAAACGCAGAGACCAUCGUCCGUCGAAACCACCACCGCAGAGGAAGAAGCAGAGUUUCUGGGCAUCGUUGUGCUGCGGGUCUGCAGACGACGACGAAUACACUGAAGUUGUGCGGCAUAAGAGGAGGACAGACGAAAAGCCAGUAGCGGAAUAUGAUGGACAGCAGACACCAAUGCAGCAGGUGCCUCAGCCACCACCUCGAGUACGACAAGAUCAUCGAAGGCAAAGCGCACAAAGUUCGAGACCGCCAUCAUCAUCGCGACCACCUUCCGCAUCUCGACCGUCAAAUGAUCCGCCUGGUCGCAAGCCACUGGGAGAGAAGCCCGCUCGACCCGUCAAUCGAACGACGAGAGAAGAGUCGGAAACAGCCAAGUUGCUACGAUACAUCCCAAACACAUUGCCACCACAACUCGCUUCUAUUCUACUCGCACAACUCUCAAAGCCCCUCUCCCCCCACGACGAAGAAGGCUACAUCUACAUCUUCUGGCUCACACCCGAAUCCGCCGGUCCCGCGCCAUCCUCAGCCGCAUCUACCCUCUUGACACCACCAGCACGUCCAGAUCAAGGUCGACGAACCUCAGAUGUCAUGCGACAAUACUCAGUUAAAGGCGGACAACGACAACAACCCAACACCGCUCGAUCACGAUCUGGUGACGCAAACGCUUCACCAGAAAAAGACACUAUUCUCCUCAAGAUCGGACGUGCAAACAAUGUACAUCGCCGUAUGAACGAAUGGACCCGCCAAUGCGGGUAUAGUCUCUCUCUCGUACGCUACUACCCCUAUGUCUCUUCUUCUACACCUUCUCCACAGCCCUCGCCUGCACAGUCUCGACGCCAGUCAAAUUCAAAUACCGGCCUUACCUCUGAUGGCGUGAGGAAGGUACCACAUGCGCAUCGCGUGGAGCGCUUGAUUCAUCUCGAGCUUGCAGAUCAGCGCGUCAUCAAGCAGUGUGAUGCUUGUGGCAAGACGCACAAAGAGUGGUUUGAAGUCGAGGCCACAAAAGAGGGGGUUAAGAAGGUGGACGAGGUUGUUAAGCGGUGGGUGGAAUGGGAUGAAAAGACUAAUGUGUGA